CACCUGUACCUUCUCCUCCCAACUGUCACAUCAUAGCUCCUGUGGCCAAGUGCUGAAGGCUCAACCACCACAGCCAAGCUGUGCUUCUGAACCUCGAUCGUGACGAACCUGUUGGCUCAACCAGAACGUAGCAUUCUAUGACGCUUGCUUCGUUCUUCCAGAAGCGAUCGAUAGUGUGUGUUUCCAUCCGUAGUCUAUGACCAACAAGAGGGGAUGUGAUAGAGAAGAUGCGCUCGAUCCAUCCCUACAUUGCUGGGAGGUCACGAUUACAUGGUUUGCCUGACAUCUCUCUAAGUGAUACUUUGGGACGUAAACACGCAGCGAUCUCGUAGCUAGCUGAGUGGCACACCCUCACCCGCCAGCGUGCUUUCGUCGUAGCGAAGUGGUCCGAUCAUUUGAGUAGGCAGCGACAGGCACGCGAGGACAGCCUGAACGUGAUUUCAUACGAAUUGCUGAUUUGGUAGCAAAUCCACCUUUCAUUCGACGGAUUUUGGAGCUUGGAUGCUCAAAUUCUACGGAUCAUGAACUGUGCAUGCUUCCGCAGCAUCUUUGGGAGGUGCGAAACAGAAUCAGUCAGCCAGGCUCCCGUUAGUAUGCUGAGAUCGCCCCACAAGGAACCACCGCCCAAAGAGGAGCAGGAGCCGAAGCCUCUCGAAGCCCCGCCUCCUGUUCCUCCCCCGCCUGCUCCCCCACCCCGCCUCCUCCGCCUCCGCCGCCGCCUGCCCCCAAGGCCCCCCCUCCUCCUCCUCUCAAGGCCCCUGGCUUCAAUCGCGCCAAGCCCGUAGUGCCGCUGAAAGGAUUUCACUCAACCAAAGUCCACGACACCGCGGGAACCAUCUGGGGGGAGAUUGCCAAGGAUUCCGAAUUCUCGCGCUUUAGAUUGGAUGACAAGACGAAGGAAUCUCUGCAGGUGGUUUUCCGCGCCAGGGAGGCGAAGAUUAAGAUCGGAGGGAGCGUGGAUGCCGGGGGUGGAUCGGGAUCGGGGAGGGGUCGCGCGGGGGGAGUGAAUGGCGGGGGUGGAGGCGGAGGGGCUAAUGGGGACGGGGUGGUUCGCAUAGUGCCGGUGCAGCGCGCGAAUAACGUGGCGAUCAUGCUGUCGCAGUGUCGCAUGCCGCAUGGAGUGAUUCGCGACGCUAUCACGGGUGGUAACCAGAAGGGCGUGCUGUCGCUGGAACGACUCGACCUCCUGCAGCAGGUAAUCCCCAACGAUGACGAGGUGCAGCAGCUGCAGGGCUACACGGGCCCUGUGGACGCCCUCUGCGCGCCCGAGCAGUUCCUGCUCACCCUCGCCUCCAUCCCCCGUCUCAGGGACAAGAUCGAGGUGCUCGUCUUCAUGCUGCGGUUCGCUGACCUGCACAAGGAAGCACGGACCAUCAUGGCCACUGUCACGCGAGCAUGCCAGCAGGUGCACAACAGCAGGGCGCUCAAGGCGUGUCUCAAGGUGGCUCUGGAGUACGUCAACUUCCUCAACCAUGGCACUGCACGAGGGGGAGCUGCUGGCUUCAAUGUGGAAUCUCUUCCCAAGCUCUUCGACCAUAAGACCACCGUCACCUUACCUCCCCCAUUUCCUCCCAGCACGCCCAAGCCUGACUCCUUUCUCACCCCUGCCCACCGACCCGUGCCCCGCUCCCACUCCCACACCGAUUCCACCCAAGUCAAAUCCCCGCCUGGGCUUCAAACCGCACAGGAUUCCUCCUCCCUCCCCACUUCCUCCUCCCUUCCCAUCCACCAAUCCGCGUCUCUUCCCUCCCUGCAUAACCAUCCGUCAGCCUCCCAGCCCCCGCCAACCACGCCCCUCCCUGCCCCUGCUCUCACACCAGCAGCAGCCGUUCUCUCUCCUAGAGCCAUGUCUCCCCGUGCUGCUGCCUUCUCCCCUAAGGUGAUCGCCAUGGCGGCAGCAGCAGGGGACGCGGACGCGCUGAGUAGUGCUAUCCUGCGGGCGUCGUGUCUGCUGGAAGUGGUGGUGCUGCGGCUGGCGGCUAGUGGCGCUGUGACUCCGCCCUUUGAAAUGAGCAAGGAGCUGGAGGCUGUUGGGCUCGCUGCUAAGUACUCACAGGACGAGAUAGACUCCUCGCUGACGCCAAUGGACCAGGGCAUAGGCAUGGUGGAGCGAGAACUCGCCUUCCUCAUUCGCGACGACGAGGCAGCAGCAGCCGCAGAGGCAGAAGCAAAAGCAGCAGCCGAAGCUUCUGCUGGUGCCGCCGCCGCCGCCGCUGCUGCUGCUGCUGCAGGUGGCAAUGCGCUUGCAGAGCCGCCAGCAGGGUCAGAAUCACAGGAGGGUAUAGCGUCGAGGAGGAGAGGGAGUGGCGGUUCUGGUGAAGGUGGGGAGGAGGAUGCAGUGGGCGAGCUGCUGUCGCAGCAGGCAGCAGCAGUGGCAGCAAAGCAGUCCCUGCGCAUUGGAGCGGCGGAGAGGGAGAGCAGUGACUCGGAGAUGAGUUCUGGGUCUGUGGCCACUGGAGCUGCAGCCUCGUGCGCCGGGACCUGCUUUGCCAAGGAGAAAGGGAGGAGGAGGUCCAUGUUUGGGGUGCCGUCGCGUGGGAGAGGCGCGAAGAAAGACAAGGGGAAGGAGAUGGCAGGGAUGGUGGAAAAAGGGCAGGCGAAGGAGCGAGGGGCGAAGGGGCAAGGGAAGUCGCGGGGUGCGAAAAGCGUGGUGCCACAUGAUGACGAGGUGUCGUCGGUGCUGCUGCUGCAGCUACAGGUGCUGGUUCCCCGCCCCCUCCUCCUCCGCCUCUAUCUCUUGCCCCUCCUCCCCCCCUCCACCCCCCCACCACCAGCACCACCCCGUCCUCCGCUGCCCCCACCACAGCAGAGGCAGCUGGGCAGGCAGGAAGCGACAGCAGGGGGUAGGGGCGCUGUGUGCACGUCUGUGAGCCUAGUGGAAGGGGAAGUGCACCAGGGGGCUAGUGGGAAGCCAAGAGUAGAGGCGAAUGAUGAAGCAACAUCAAUUCCACUUACUGCUGCGAAUUCAACGAACGGCAAAAGCACCAGUACAAUUGCUGCUGCUUCGGCUGUUGCAAGUCCGGUGUUAAGAGGGGUGGCACCGGCAGCAGAAGCAGCAGCAGCAUCGGCACCUCAACUAACAUUCUCUGCUUCAAGUAACGCACCGAACGCGUCUAAAGCGAACAGCGAGGUGGCAUUCACAGGGCGUGACAGUAAAGAGGGGAGCCACUCAGAAGCAGGCAGAGGAGGAGGGAAGGGGCGGGGAGGGAGAGGCAGGGGCCGAGGGCGAGGCGGAGGGAGGGGAAGGGGACGAGCAAGGGAAGGCUCGGGAACAAGAACAGUGGGACGGGGAGCUGACCUGGUAUCCAUAGGACCAGAGGCGCGGGCUGAGAUGGCCGCAGGGGGUGCUGUGGGCUCAGGGAUAGGGUCCUCCCUGGAAGACUUGAGCUCUCUAAGGACACAAGGAGGAGAAAAGGCCCCGGCCUUGGGGUCUCGCAGGCUCAACCCGUCAGCCUCGUCUUCUGGGCGUGGGCCUGUGAAACCGAUGCCUAUCCUUCGCCUGGGGUCCAUUCACGAGCAGGACGAGAAUGCGGAUCCCGCUCCCACCCCUCCCACCAGCGCGCCUCCUCCUCUUCCCUCUCCGCUGCUGCCUCCUCCUCUUUCUCCUGCCCCUCUUCUUAACGCCACAGCUACUGCCAAUCAAGCCCCUUUGAGUGCAAAUCUGGGCAGCAACGUUAGCAGCAGCAGGGACAUCAACAGCACCACAGCAGCCGCCUCCACACCCCUUUCUUUCCCUGCUCCUCCUGUGGAUUGUCCUCGCCCUGAACUCGCCGUCACUCCAGUGCAAGCCACCACCACCCCAGGACUCGCCUUCGCCACUCCAAUAGUCCUCCCUACUCAGAGCCGUCUGAUGCGGGCUGCGGGUGGCAGUGGGCCGUUCAGGCUCAUGAGCGAGCUCGUGGACUCCAGCAGCAGCAGCAGCGGCAGCAGCAGUGAUGGUGAUGAGGAGGAGGAGGGGGAAGAAGGUGGCGAGCGCAGGGGCUUGCGGGCGGACAAUGGUUGGCAGCCGUUGGCACGAGGAGGAGGGGGCGGUGGGGCCGGUGGGGAUGGAAGAAAGAGGUCGUCGCGGCCGACGUGUGUGGUGUACCGCAGGAGCCCGUUUGACGGGGCCAUCACUCCAUCUCCCGGCACCAAGCGCGCAUGGUCUGACGGCAAUCUGCUCGUCCGCCCCGACCUGCUGCUGCGCGGCUCAGCACUCAAGCCAGGGGCAGCAGACAGAGGCGACGGAGCACUGAGAGUAGCAAGAGCAGGAGCUGCCGGAGGGGUGGGGGAGAAGGAGUGUGGGGUAGGGGAGGACGUGGGUGGUGGCGAGUCGUCAGUGACUGGGCCUGUGCGAGGGGAGCAGGUGAGGGAGGAAGAGGGGGAGGUGACUCAGAAGCGCGUCUGUAAGGAUGAGGAGGGAACGAGUGAGCAGCAGCAGCAGGGCCCUCGGGAAUGUCUGCGGCCGUUGUUUGGGAGCUGCUCUGCUCGCUUGGAGGCUGCAAGUAGCAGUAAGUUGGCCAGCAUGGGGCGAGAUGGCAGCAGUGGUGUUGGCUGUGACGGCUUGGGCAGCAGGAGCAGCAGGAGCAGCAGGAGAGCAUCAGGAAGGGGUGUUGUGAGGAGGCACAGGAAGGGUUCUGGUGGUGGUGCUGCUGCUGCGGCUGCGUUUGGCGGUGGUGCUGCUGGUGUUCGCAGCAGUGGGCGCAUCCUUCCCCGCACUCACAGUGACCCCACUCAGCUUGAAAGCCUUGCCUUUCAUGAGCUCCUGAAGGGCGUGGGUGCUGCACGUGCUGCUUGUGAGUGUGGAGGCAACCCCUGUGAUUGUAAGGGAAGUCACAGUAAGAGGAGGAGAAGCGAUGGGCCAUUCUCUCUACGGGCACUCGGAACUCGCAGCACUUCUGCCACAGAGACAAACUGUCAUACUGCUGCUGCUGCUGCUUCUGCCGCUGCUUCUGCUGCUACUGCCGUUUCUCUUCGUUUGUCAGCUGAAACAGUUGCAGAACGAGCUGAUGCUGCAGCGGUAGCAGAAUCAGCAGCUGGUGACGCAGUCACAGCAGGAGUAGCUUCAGAUUCAGCUUCAGCUACAGCUACAGCUACAGCUAAAGCAGCUACAAAGCCCAUGCAGCGGCUGCAAGUGGCUCAGGAGCUCGAGAGACUGCUACGGAGCCCACCUCCCGGCGCUGCCCCUGUCAGCAGCAUCUGCUCUGCUCCCCCUGGCAUCCAGGUCAUGAGCAGAUAUGGGACGGACGAGGUGGAGAGUGGUGAGGAGGCGUGCAGUGCGAUGGUGGGGGCGAACGGCAGAGAAGGGGUGGGAGAAGGCGGAGAGAGAGCAGAGGGAGGGGGGAUGAGGGAGGUGAGGGCCUCUGGCCGGUUGAGGAUCAGGGUACCAGUGAGGGAGGGGUGUGCGGUGGCUGGAGGGGGGAGCGCAGGAGAGGGGGACAGGAGGGAGGAGGGUUUGGAAAGGAAAGGAGUGAGAGAAAGUGAGACUGGUGAUGCUGCACAUGCUGCUGCCAGCUGUGACGCAGUGAAGGAGGGAAGAGAAGGUGGUGGUGAUAAGGCUGGGGGUGGUAGUAGCUCUGUGGCCCAGCAAGGGAGGGAAAUGACAGAGGCAAAGAAUGGGGCCGAGGGGGAUGUGGAUGGACAAGAGGAGCAGGAGGGGGAGGAGGAUUGCUAUGAGGAGUGGGAUGAGGAAUGGGACGAGGAGGAGGAGGAGGGGGAGGAUGGGGAAGACGACCCAGAGGAGAGGGAUGAUGCGUCGUCAACGGAGGGGCGGAGGGAGCUGCCUCUGUCGGAGCACCUUACGGCUUUCCUUGACAAGGCACGGCCGGAGAGAGACAGCCUCGCAGAGGAAACCGCGAGAUGCAGAGAGCAAUUGAAAGCACUCGCCAAGUACUUCGGCUCCUCAGCAACAGUGACGCCACAGGCUGUGCUGGGCACAAUCUGGCAGUUUGCUGUACUCUAUGACAAGAGCCAGCGCUCGAGCAGCCUUCUCUGAUUGAUGUGCUGCUUCACAUGUACCACCAGUAGCAUUCUAAUCGGCAUGUCUAGCAUUGUUGCUGCUCAAUACACUGGAUAGUCACUUAAGUAGAAUUUCUGGGCUAGAAUACCUCUUUUCUGAUGCUCACUGGCAUCUGGGCCACGCUUGCAUCAC